AAUUUGUUUAUAUUAAUAAAAAUAAUAUGCCUCGUAUUUCUGAUGGAAAUAUUGAUAUUCAUGGUCGAUAUAAAUUUUUAUUUUUCUUAAUUCAAUGUAAAUGGUUAAGUCCAAGAUAUAAGAUUGAAGUUAAGGUAUUACGUGAGUUCUUGAAUACUAUUGCGGAAAACCCUCAAUUUAUUGGAUUUCUUGUUUCGAACGUCGAAUUAGGAGAAUAUGCAUUAAAGGAAUUAAAAGAUUCUUUACUUAAAGAUAGGAUUUGUGUAUGCUUUUAUUAUGAAAUUGUUGACAAAAUUAAAGAACACGCAGAAAUUUUGAAAAUAAAACAAGAUAAAGAUGAGAAUGAAAAAAAAGAAAAUAAGAGAAAAUUCACGGAAAUAGAAGCUGAAAUAAAAUUUCUUAGAAGAGAAAAUAAAAAGAUUAAAGAAGAACGAAAUGAAAAGUAUGAAAAGAAGAUUGAGGAACUUCAAACCCAGAUAAAUGAUCUUGAAGAAAAACUUGAAACCCAGAAUCGAGAAAUCAAAGAAAGACUCGAAAAUCAAACUAAACAACUUAAGAAACAAAAUCGAGAAUUAAAAGAAAAACUCGAAA